AUGAUAACUCAUCUCCUCUGAGCACCAUCAUACAAUUUUCGGACAUUACACUCGGUGUUGACGAAGUUAAGGUUUGUCUUCACGAUCUUGAUACAUCACGCCUAUUGAAAGAAUGCAGCCAGGAAAUCGCACCCGGCGUCAGUGCACUGUUCAACCGAUCUUUAAAUGUUGGUCGAAUUCCUUCUGAGUGGAAAUCAGCUAACGUGACGCCCAUUCACAAAAAGUAUUUAAAAGAAGUUGCAGAAAACUAUAGACCGAUUUCGUUGUUGCCAAUUCUCGGAAAGGUCAUGGAACGCUGCAUUUGUAACAAAUUCUACGGUCAUUUGAAGCAGCUCGUUACCAAGUUACAACAUGGGUUUUUACGAGGUCGCUCGUGUGUCACACAGCUUCUUUCAGUUCUCCACUCAAUCGGACAAUGCCUUGAUAAAAACGUCCAAACAGAUGUUCUUUACCUUGAUCUCGCCAAAGCGUUUGACUCUCUCGAUCACCAAAUUUUCUUGAAAAACUGA